GAGAGAAGGGUAGGUUAUGUAAAAAGAGAUGAUCAGUUAAAGAAACAGUUUCAUAAUCUCUCUCCAAACACGAAGCAGCAACCGCUUUAGGAAUUCAAUUCAAACCGUCCCGCCUCAAACACACCAACAAAAUUAUGUCCCUCACAUCUAUCAGAAAUCCAGACCCUCAAACCUCUCUGUAUGUAAUUUCUCAACCAUGUCGCUUCAAAUGCUCUUCCACACACUUAUUCCACUAUUGGCCUCCUCUCUCUUCACACCCUUUGCUCCUAAACUCGUCCAAUCAGAUAAUGUUCCAAUCCCUAAUAUUAUAUUCAGUUGGUUGGAUGAUAAAGACACAUUCUUGGCGGGCGAUAUAGCAUCCAUAAAGGUUAGAGUAUUGGGAAAUUUCAAUAGCAGUAAUUACAAAUAUGCUUUUAGUCCUAACAUCACUGUGAAUGACAAGAUGGGAAAUAAUUCUCUUAUAUCGGGUCUUUCCUCAAAUUUUGGUGCUGAUCUUAGUAAUUGGAGAAUUACCUUCACUCCAAUCAUGGUUGGGUUGUUCAAUGUGCUUAUCACUGAUGACCAUUUCAAUGUUUUCGAUUCGUCAAUGCAUUUCCGAGUCACUCCAGGGCGUAUGUAUCCAUCUGCUUGCAUUGUGGCAUGGAUGGGUUUGACGAAUGAGUAUGUAGCUGGGACAAACGCUACGGUUCUUAUACUUCCUAAAGAUGCAUUUGGGAAUAAUGUGUCUUCAACUAGUGAAGGGCCAAGAUCUUAUAAUUUUUCAGUGUCUGCAUCUAAUGCAAAUGGUUCCACUGCAACGGUGCUCAAUGUCACCUACAAGGGAUGGAGCGAAUUUGGAUUUCUCAGCAUUGAAUUUGUUGUUGCCACAGCUGGAAGCCUCUUACUUCAUGUAAAAGAGAACAACCAAACCUUGAAUGGUUCUCCAUUGCCAUUCAAAGUGAAUCCAGGAACAUUGGAUGUCUCCAAUUGUGUCACACAGUGGAAUGUCGAAACAAAUUCCUUUCAGAUAUUUUCUAAGAUGGAAACUUUUAUACACCAGCGAGAUCAAUAUGGGAACCUUGUUCCUGGAUCGUAUGCUUUCAAUGUUGAAGUUGUUGGAAAGGGGACAAAUUUGUCCAUACCCAUAGCAGAUAUGGAAUUCAAAGAGGUGGUACCAGGUAUUCAGUUGGUUUCUUUCAGCCUUGUGGAACCUGGGAACUUCAUGCUCAUGAUAUCCAAUAAGGAGCAGAGUAACAUCAUCUCUAAUACUGUUUUUACAGUUUUUAUAGGUUAUUGCGAUGGAAUGAACAGCAUCAUCAAUGGAUCUGGUUUAAAUCAUUCUGUUGCCGGUGAAGUUGCAAGAUUUUCUGUUUUUUUAAAAGAUGCUUAUCAAUAUCCUUCUCCAGUUGAGUUAGAAAGGUUUCAAGUGAAAAUUGUGAAGGAAUCUGAAUCCUAUUAUGUUGUACGUCCAAGCAUUUAUCCAGUGCAGCCUGUCAAUGGUAGUUGGUCCACUGGUGGACUGAACUAUGGUGCCAUCAAUGGUAUGGAAAGUGCUUAUGCACCAACGCUUGUCCCAAAUUACAAUUCUGCUGGGAAUGGGAAAGUUCAGGCUAGCGCUUUUGAUGUCACAUUUACUCCUGAAAAGAGUGGAAUAUAUGAAAUUCAUGUGUUUUGUGGAAAUAUUCCAUUAAAUGGUGGUCGUGCAUUCAGAAAGGAAGUAAGUGCAGGUGAGGUUAAUACAUCUCUUUCGGGAGUUGUAAAAUUUGCACCAAAAGUUCCAAAGCUGGUUAAAAAUGAGAUAGUAGUGCAGCUCAUGGAUUCCUUUUCUAACCCUGUCUUGUUACAAGAGUCAAAGCUAAAACUAGAGAUUGGUUCGAUUAACAGAUCUGGUUUCUCAAUUUUGAUGUUUGUUGAAAACAAAGAUGGGUUAUACACUGGCUUUUAUCUGGCAAAAGAUGUUGGCACUUACGAGAUAUGUGCUUCAUUUGCCGGAAAACGAUUCUUGCCCUGUCCCUUUGGGGUAAAUGUGUACAGUAGUGAAUAUUUUCCUAAAGUCUACAAUGAUACAGUGUCUGUUUGGGAGGAUGAGUCAAUUGCUUUUGAUGCUCUAGAAAAUGAUUAUUUUGCGGGUGGCAAUACAAGCAUUGUCGAAUUUUCUAAACCAGAUCAUGGUUCAGUCCUACAGUAUGGCCGGCUCUUCAGAUAUACACCAUAUAAAGGAUUUAUUGGGAAUGAUUCUUUCACCUAUACAAUAUCUGAUGUAAAUUCCAAUCUUGCUUCUGGUGCUGUAAACAUAUCUGUCCUUAGCAUUCCGCCCCAGUUUGUUUCCUUUCCAAGUCAAUUGCAAGCAACUGAAGAUGUAAUAAGUCCGAAAUUUGGUGGUUUUACUGGCUUUGAGAUAAUGUAUUCAGAAUUGGUGGAGAACAUUACUGUUACUUUCAGUGCAAGGUCUGGCACUGUCUUUCUCUCCCCUAUGAUGAUGCAGUUCUGGCAGCCAAUAUGGAGUGAACUUUCCAUUUAUGGUGGAGAUGGUUUGACCAAAAAUUUGGUCUUAGAGGGCCGUUUGGAAGUAAUCAACUCUGCUCUUAAUUCAAUUCAAUACCUUGGAAUUGAGAACUUUAGUGGUGAUGAUACGAUCCAAGUUUCUACCAUGAACAAGAAUGGAGUAAAUGAUCUGAAUGUUCCAAUUUUUGUGGAACCAAUAAAUGAUCCUCCAUUUAUUAACAUCCCUGAAUAUGUUAUCUUGGAGAAGAAGAGCAACGAAGAAGGAGUACUGAUUUUUGACAGGCAAAGAGACAAGUUUGAUUUUUGCAUUGGGGAUCCAGAUCUUCUCAACUUUCCAGGCAAUCAUUCUCGCUUUUUGAUCAUAUUUUCCAUGGAAGUUAAUUCUGGAUUUUUGUCAACCAAUCUACCGGCUGAGCUCAUUAGUACAACGGAACUGAAGUUAAAGAAUAGUUUUCAGUGGCAGCCCAUUCAGACAUUUGUCACCAUCUCAAAACAUUUUAUGGUCAAAGCAAAAGGCAUUAGAUUCCGAGGAACUGUUAAUCACUGCAACAGUAUUAUGCAACAAUUAUUUUAUCAUGGUGACGAACAUGGUGCUGUUUUAACAGUGAGAAUAAAUGAUAUGGGAAACUAUGGAUGCUUUCCAGAUUGUUCAGAAAAUAUGUCAAUGCCUCUUUUUGCUGAUGCCACUGUAAACCUUAUAAGAAGAAGACCUAUGAGUUCAUUGGAAGCUCAUACGCUAGGAUCCGGAAUCGUGAUUGAAUCUAUUACGGUGUUCUGUAUUGGUAUUCUACUUCUAUAUUUCACAUGCAAAUGUGCAACUGUUCUGGCCACUGAAAAAAGGAGCCGUGAUGCCCAGGACAUUGAGCUCUCCAGAACUCAUAAAAGUUCACGUAAACAAACUACAAGUAUAAAUCUAUCUGAGAAUGCAACCCACUUCAACGAAUGUUACUCGAGCCCCGUGUUGCUUAGCAAUCAGCCUUCCAACUUCCGACAGCGGUCACGGCGUCUAUCUAGACAUGGAGAAUCUAGCAAAGCUACACAUCAUUCCUCUCAAUCUUCAAGUGGGCAACUUCAGGGUUCUCCUUCACCAAGUCUCGUACCACUUGGUCCUGGGAAUGGGUGAGAUGAAGCAAUUUCCAAACAAAUUAUUGUUUAAAGACGAAUAGUUUCACUGCUAUUUCAUGUGGUUUUUUUUUUUUUUUUUUGAAAGACAGGAAAUACUGUUUAUUGAUAUAUUUAUUACUGAGAAAAUAAACUUUCGAAAAAAUGAUCAUGCUUGUUAUAUAAUCAGGAAUGAAUUCAACGUGGAACUAACAUGAUCCAGUGAUUGUGAUUGAGAAGAGACAAUCCCGUAUUACAUGUUGUAGGUGAUUUGUUUACAACAUAUCCCAAAAGUUGGAAGGCUGUACCAAGCUCAAAUAGGAAAAUGUUCCCAAUUUUGAGAUGGUAGUUAUCUGAAAAUGCUGGAAGAAAUAUGAUUAUAUCUAUUUGUAAUUAAAGGAACAUCUAGCCCAAACUAUUUAAUUACAUCCUCUCUCACCCUAUUAUCCGUAACACACCAUAGAUUUAUACUAGUAUAUUAUACUGAACAAAAUUUAUAUCAUUGCUCUUUCCAAACUAUAUAUUAUUCAAUAUAAUACAAAUCAAUUUCACUUGCAUAUUAUUUUUCUUCAAAUAAGGACUAAGAAGAUUCUAUUUUCUACUACUAUUAUAACUUAUAAGCAAAUGUAAAUUUAAGCUAGUCAAUAAAAAUUAAGACUAUUUAUACAAAAGAAUAAAAAUAAAAUUAGGAAUAUAAUUUAAUAGAGACAAAUACCAAUAGUUUUUAUUUCUUAAUUACUCAUA